AUGCCUCUAUCAGAAAGUAAGAGAACCGCCAUGCGCGAACAGCUCGAGAACCACGAACGAUACGCUCAAAAGCUCUGCGCCAUCCAAGUCAAAAUUCGUCAAGUCGAAAGAAAACUUGUCGACGAGCUCACCAAAAUCUGUACCCAACUCCAAGAAGUGGUUCGCGAAUGUUCCGCAGUAGAGAAAUCCUUCGACAAUAUCACCAAGGAAUGGAAACAACCUGCUGAAUCACAGGAGGCUUCUGGUACAGGGGUGUCAGGGGAGUCGUCGGAAUCGGAGACGAGGCCACGGUCGGAAUCGAGUUCGGAGUUGGAGUCAGGGUCAGGGGGCAUUUACUUCAUCAUUGAUGACAUGGAGGAGUGUGAUAGAUUGCUGGCAUAUCUCAUAGGAGAGGAGUUGCAAGAUAUUCUGGCUGCUGGAGUUGCGGAAGGCGCUGAGGUAGCUGGAAAUAGUGCGGAAAGUUCCGAGGUUAAUUGA